GUCUCACCGCCAUAAUAUUUCGUUAUAUUUUUUCUUAACUCCAAACCCUAAUUUUUUUCCCCCUCUUUCUUUCUUUUUUGUUCUUAAUUUCAAACACACUGGGGAUGCUCUGAAAGAGGCACAUAACCAAAUUGUCAGCCCUGAUAUGUGUCUUUGCUUAGACUGGAACCCUUCGGCUACUUCCAUCUCGGUGGGCCUUUCUGAUGGUUCAGUCUCAGUAAUCUCUUUUGAAGAGACCAAAGUAAGUAUAUUGCAAGAAUGGAAAGCCCAUGACUUCGAAGUUUGGGCUACCACUUUCGACCCAGACCAACCACAUCUAGUCUACACAGGCUCAGAUGACUGCAAAUUUAUGGGCUGGGACUUACGAAACGGUCCAUCUCAAAUGGCAUUUCAGAAUUCAAAAGCCCAUCAGAUGGGUGUAUGUUGUAUUGCAAAGUCUCCUCAUAAUCCUCAUACUUUGUUUACCGGAAGUUAUGAUGAACACUUAAGAAUAUGGGAUGUAAGAUCUAUCUCAAGGCCUGUAAAUGAAACAUCAAUCAAUUUAGGUGGUGGAGUUUGGAGAAUCAAGAACUAUUCUGUAGUGCCUGGGUUGAUUCUGGCCGCUUGUAUGCACAACGGGUUUGCCAUUGUUAAGGUCGAUGGAAAUGAAGUCAAAGUUGUGGAAACAUACAAGAAGCAUGAAUCCCUUGCUUAUGGAGCAGAUUGGUAUAGAGGGAGUAUACACCAAGAAGACAAAAAAGAGAAAACUAUAGUUGCUACCUGCUCAUUUUAUGACCAACUCCUUCGAGUAUGGGUGCCAGAAAGUGAUAUAUUCUAAUAUGUAUUUCACAUUCCCCAGGUUUUGUAUAUAAUGCAGUUGCAUAUAUGAUUGAGUAAUGGCAUUAGUGAUCCAACAAGUUCAGUGUUCAUAUACUCCUUUAAGGCCUAUAUCUUGGACUGGUAAGAUCGAGUCGAAGAAAUUUUUAGCAGCGUUUCCAAAGGUUGGAACAUAUGGUAUUUUAUCGAAUCACACAUCACUCUUAUGCAUAACACUUCCUCCACUUAUUCAUGUAUUAAAGCGGAAAUCACUAAGAAUGUUAUCCUUUAAAGCCGGUAUUCAAGAUAACAAAGAAAUAAUGUAUGAUGCAAAAGAGUUUCAAAACAUUGAAUCCCCGGUUACAGUUGAAUCAAAUGGGACCAUAGCAGGGUCUGUAGCUGUGCAGAACCUAUUCAAAAGUUGGUUGACAUUGUUACGUAUGCCUUCACCCCAUCAACCAGCAGAAGGGAUGCUAGAGGGGCCAUUCUUGCACAAUAUAGUUGAAGCGGAGGACAGUGUUCAAGAUAGUGGAAGAGGUGAGAUAUUGAAAAUAGUUUGGUGCAACCGUUUGGGUUUGCAUUCAACGAUAAAGAUAACCGCAAUCAUUUUCAUACCCAUGUACCUGGCAGUUAGUAUGAAAUAUGGAGCAGAAGUUGUAAAGGAGCUGGCUCCUUUGUGGACCGGUGGACCUCUGAUCGUGGCUGCAUAUGCAACCAUGAUUCAGUUGAUAUCCUCGCUCUAUAUUUUUAGCUUCAGGCAAUCAGUUAAGCUACUAAAGAAGUCACCAAUGGUGUACGAUUAUGUUGCUGGUGGCAAGCUCAAUGAACUGAUGAUACCCGUGGCCCGUUUUUGGAGCUUAGGCAACAAAGAAAUGUCGAAAAGAAUGCUGAAAGAUUUUCAUCUAUGGGUGGUGGAUAUAUGUAUGGACUAUGUGGAAUCAAUAUGGCCUUCUUAUUGCAAGUUGAUCAGGUUUUUGAAGAGAGCAAAUUUCAUCUAGGUUCUUGUAUCACAUCUAUUAGAGUGGUUACAAACCGUAGGAUAAUUGUAGGCUCAAAUGUAAGAUUCUAUUGUACUCAUAUUUUUUGAGUAAUUUUUGUAAGCACGAGUUGAGACAGACCAGCAAUCCCAUUUUGAUACGGAUUGUGUUCAAUUGUUCAUAUAUCUACCAGUAUAAUUAAAACAUGAUUGAAGAUGUAUUUAAACGAUA